UUCCGGGCAGCAGCGUUGAGAUGCCCAUGCGCCAAGUCUCGGGCUCCAGCGAUCAUGCCGUGCCUGCUUCUGAUCCCAACGAUACCCCGACCAUUCUGGCAGAAAGACUGCAGGCUUGGAAACAUGCUGUUGGGUAUCUGGAGGACUACGUGGGCGCGACAGAGAAGAUACACAAGGCGCAUUCGAAGGAGUAUGAGAAGGUCUUGAAGACCAUCGCAAACCCCUUGAGGGAGGCGCACCAUUUUGAACAAAGCUUGGGCGGUGUCGCUGGGAUGUUUGAGAACAUGAGAGUAAACACGCAGAGCUUGGUAAACAGCCACCUUGAAACCGAGAAGAACCUCAAAGGCUCCGUCCUCCCUAUUCUCGAGCGCCUACACAAGGAAAUCAAGAACAAGUCGAAAGAGCUGUCCUCGGGAGCCGCAAAAACCGCGAAAGAGGUCGAGAAAGCGCGAGCCACCACCCAAAAACACAUCGAGCUUCUCGGACAGCAGACUGCGAACCAUGCUGCUGCAGGAGGGAACACGGAUCCUUCAAAUGAUCCGUAUGUUUUACAGAGGGGGGUUUACUACCGGCUCAACAAGCAAGUCCUCGAGGAGAACAACAACAAGCAUAAUCUCAUUGCCGUACAAAAUAACUUUGCGCAAUUUGAAAGCCAUGUCGUUGAGGUCAUCCAACAAGCCAUGAUGUCUUUCAACCAAUUUGUCGGUGGCCAGGCCCAGAGGACCCAGGCUCUGUACCAAGAUAUGCUAGCCCAGGGGCAGCAAAUCCCUCCGGAUUUCGAAUGGCAGAGGUUUGUUGGUCGGAGUGGCCACAUGCUCGUCAAUCCCAACGAACCUGAUCGAUCAGUUGACGCGAUUUCUUUCCCCAAUCAAAACCACAAGAGCACGAAACCUCUCAUCGAAGGAACACUCGAGCGCAAAUCUCGCAAUAAGCUCAGUAUGCACGGAUACAGUACUGGCUACUACGUAGUUACUCCGUCGAGGUUUCUCCACGAGUUCAAGGAUAACGAUAAUUAUCGCAAGGACCCCGUUCCCGAACUGUCCAUCUUCCUCCCAGAUGCCGUCAUUGGCACCACGAACGGCGAGAAGUUCAACGUGAAAGGGAAAGAUGUCAGCGGGGGUCUGGGCAGCAAGUUAUCCGGGUCGUCCGAGAUUGCCUUCAAGGCGCACACCGCAGCGGAUGCGCAGCGCUGGUUCGAAGUUAUCAGAUCCGUGUCUGGCGCCGGCCCGAACCUGGGCGCCGAGCAGCCAACGUCGCCCGUAAGCCCCACGGAGAGGAGAGUGGUAUCGCAACCUCCCACCUAUUCUGAAGACGAGGCCGAGUUCGUCCCGCGAUCCCUGGAUCCGAAUCCGAGACCACCCUCCCCCACAUAUCCUCUCCCUCAGCAGCGCCAGACCUCGGGCGUGAUAGGUGGUGCUGAUGCAGCGACUCGCCAGCCAGCUACUUGAUCUUGACCCAUCCCAUCCAUCUAAACAUCUUGCAUUAACGGCGAGCCCACCACCCACUUACUCACUAUCUACCUACUACCCUGCUACGCCCCAUCAAAUAGCAAGCAAAACAGAGAGCAAGAAGAAGAAGAGCAGACGUGAGAUCUUCACGCGGUUCGUUCCUACUACUUAUCUUUAGAAGGAUGCAUACAUGUAUGCAUGGCCUGCCACUGAAGAAGAUCGUUGGCGCAAAUCUGUUUUGAUUUUUGUUUCGGGGAAUUUACUGCAAGUCUAUAUUUUCAAGCGGGACGGAAAUCAAUGGAUUAGUCCUUUGCUGCUUCUCUUUUCUUUGUUGCUUUUUUCUGUCUAACGAUCGAUGAUGAAAGAUCCGGUCUGCAAUAUAAAAAUUUCAUGACCCAAAUAAUCAAGCAAAUCCAUCGAUGCGUGCC